UACUCUCAUCGACCACUUACAUUCAAUCUCGAUUAAUCGCGACAGGUAAAGUAAAAUUCUUCUUUCAGUACAAUAAAGUGUUACUUUACUGCCGCAAAUGAGUACAAUAAUGAAUGACUUUAGUGACGGUUGGCGAUAAAAACAAUUAACACAUAUUAAUAUUGAAGAUAUAAAUAAUUGAUGUAUUUUUUGCAAGUUGCCAUCACUUAAAUGUUUGAAUCACUGAUUUGAAACUGGAGUUUGCACUUUUUUGGCUAAAGAGGUUCAAUCUGUGGAUCGUAACUUUCAUAUAAAAUUGAUUUUUUUAUCAUUGCAAGCAAAUGGUUUUCUAGUACAGUCUGGAAAUUAGUUUUCGUAGUCUUGGCAUAAAAUGGAAAACACCUGGACUGUAGUCAAAUUUCCAGACGAAAAUGAUGCUGUGGAAGCAGUGCCCACUUCUUGGUUGCAUAACAAUCUUUGCUACUGGCCACCCUUCCCCAAAAAUGUUAUUAGAGAGGCAAUUGAAUGUUGCAGCAGCCCGGAAAAAAGUUUGUCUUUAUUUAAAUUUGAGCACCUCAAAAACAAUGUUGCUGGUAGUUUUCAAGAAGCCAAAAAGAAAGUAUUUUAUGCCACCCAAAAGUCAGAUCUCGAGUCAGAUUCGCAAAGUUGCCUAGAGAGGGGCUUAAAUAGAAGAAAGAUUUUCAAAAAACGUUUUGAACCGUAUUCGUCUUUUGAAGAAGAUGAAGAAGCAGACGAUUUUCCAGAGCCUCCUGCAUUAAAAAAACCUAAAAUGAGUGACUUGCAACGUGCUGGUGCAAGUACCAGCAGAAUUGAAGAUACACCUAGAAGUGUAUCUAGAAAUACAUUAUUUGGUAGCACAGGUAAAAUAUUAAUGUUUUACUAGAUACAAGCGAAUCUUUUUUUAAGUUGCCUUUGCUGUCAGUUAUACUUUAUUUUUACAUUUUUAAUUAACAUUUCUGUUUUUACAGGAGUAAAAGUGGGCUUUUAUUUAUUAUACGGCGGUUUACAUUUUUUUGUAA